AUGGCUCAUAGCUUUGUUGAGUUACUCAAGCCCCUUCACUUCAACAAGGCAGUGAUCUAUGAAGGGGAUAAUACCAAGAGUUCCUGUAAAGUUCUGGAGAAGAGGAUCCUGUGUUCCAGAAGGCGGGAGUGUUCUAUGACCCUGGAAAUUCUCCUGCUGCCUCUCUUGUUCCUGGCAACCAGCAUACAAGGCUAUUCAAAAUAUGCAACCCCCGGCGACAAUGUGAGUCUACAAAUCUCCAAUCUGCCUAGGAACCACAGAUCACUCACCUGGUUUUAUACUACUGACCAGAAGAUUGCAGAGUGGGAAUCUGGCGAGCCUACUAAGUACUUCGAUACUAAAUUUAAGGACAGGGCCACGCUUGAUUCUCAAAAUGGCACACUGCACAAUCGCAAGGUCCAGAAGGAAGACAGCAGUACUUACCGCCUGAGGGUGCUGAAGGACAAUGGACACGAGGAGGAAUACAAGAUCUCUCUGAUGGUGCUUGACCCUGUACCGAAGCCUGAAAUAAAUGUUAACAUGACACAGAAAAUGAACACCUGCUACCUGACGCUAUCCUGUGGGAUCCAGGACCAAUCUGUAACCUACACUUGGUAUUGGGAAUCAGGGUCCUUUCCAAAACAGCUACAGAGCAGUGUGCUUGAAGAUGUCCACACGCCACAAAGCUACUCAAAGUCUUAUACCUGCCAAGUCAGCAAUCCUAUAAGCAGCCAAAACAACACAAUCCACUUCACUUCACCCUGUGUACAAGCCUCCUCCUCUGGAGUAGCUUGGACGGCAACUUGGCCAGUGAUCAUGGUAACCACUCUUCUCAAUCUCCUCUGGACCUGAGAAGAGCUAACUAGAGUGAAACUUCAAGAAUGCAAG